AUGGAUCCGCUUAAGUCUUCUUUACUUGUUGUUGCGAUCUUGGCUAGUUCCGUCGCCACUGUGCACGGUCAGGGUUUUAGAAAGAAAGGAUGGCAGUGUGAGAAGAUAAAUGCUCCACUUUGUAGUAACAUGGGUUACAACGUGACACGAAUACCAAACAUGCUCGGCCAUGAGACUCAGAGAGAAGCCGAAGUACAAUUCAAACAGUUUCUUCCUCUGAUUAAUUUCAAUUGUGCGAGUCAGUUGCAGUUCUUUUUGUGCUCGGCAUAUUUCCCGAUGUGUACCGAAAUGGUGGACGUUUCGAUCACAUCCUGCAGACCAUUGUGCGAGUACGUUCGCAAGCAGUGUUUACAUGUGUUGGCCGAGUUCGGUAUUCCGUGGCCCGCGAAACUCAACUGCACCAAGUUCUUGGAGAGGAACGACGGCCAAAGGAUGUGUAUGUCAGGACCGAAUUUUACUGAAGAUGCCAGCCCAAAACCUCCUCUCAUAAGAAGCACAGGCAUAAAACAGAACGGCACGCGUACAGUGACACCAGCGGGAGCGACAUACACUGGUUCGGAAGAGUGCAGGAAAUUUAAAAAUAGCGUCAAUUACUAUUAUGUAGAGAGCACAAGAUCAUGUGCAGUGUUUUGUAAUCAAGAAGGUAUUUUUAAAACAUCGGACAAAGAAAAGAUGGACAAGUGGAUGGCGGUUUGGUCUAUAUUGUGUUUAGUGUCGACUCUUUCCGUUCUGUGCACGUUCUUUGUGGAUACAGUGAGGUUCAAGUAUCCGGAACGAUCGAUAAUAUGGCUUGCUCUUUGUUACCUUCUUUACUCGAUUUCGUUCAUCGUUCGUUUAGCAGCUGGUCGAGAGGCGAUCUCUUGUGAUCGUGAGUACAACACGCCUAAAUUUCUCAUUCAAGACGGUCGUCGAAAUACCGGAUGUGCCGUUGUGUUUCUUGUACAGUAUUUCUUUAGCAUGGCCGCGACAAUUUGGUGGGUUAUUUUGGCGCUAACGUGGUUUCUGGCUGCUGGAAUGAAAUGGGGCUACGAAGCCAUCGGUUCGUAUUCCAACCUCUUUCAUGUAAUCGCCUGGUCUUUGCCUUGUAUCAAAACAAUAUUUAUCUUCAUAACUGGCAAAAUAGACGGCGAUGAGUUGACCGGACUAUGCUUUGUUGGGAAUCAAGAUUUGAUCGCGCUUGCCGCGUUUGUUUUGGGGCCACAGUUUACAUAUCUUAUUAUCGGAACACUGUUUCUAAUCGCCGGAUUCGUCGGCCUGUUUCGAAUCCGCGCGACCGUACAACGUGAUGGAAACACAAAAAGCGAGACGAACAAACUGGAAAGACUGAUCGUUCGUCUGGGAAUAUUUGCGGUAUUUUCAACUGUGCCGGCAACCGCUGUUAUUGCCUGUUACUUUUACGAGUAUGCAAAUAAAGAAUAUUGGUUUUACGGCAAACGGGAUAAUAGAAUCGCCGAACCAAAUCUGAGCAUUUUCAUGCUGAAACUUUUCAUGUCACUGUUCGUUGGAACAAUUUCGGGAAUAUGGAUCUGGUCACCGAAAACUCUGCAAUCGUGGAAAAAGGUUUACUAUGUGUUAACCGGGAAAAGGCCCCCACGACCACAGACGCAAAGGAAUGGCGGGCACUCCAACGAAACAACAGUUUGA